AGAUAGGAUGGUUAGUUACUAAAGACGAUGCUGGAUUGAGUGUCUAGGGUUUGUCUGAGAUUUCUCUUCCUCUCCAUGGCGUUGAUGACCUUCGCCACCUGCAAUUCGCUCUCCACUGGCAUCUCCCCUCGCUUUCUUGCUCCUCCUGUAUGCCGUCAAUCCAGGGUUUCUACUUAUCUUUCAACAACUACUGAUAAAUCCCUCACCUUCCUCGGCACGUCCUCCUCGAAACCCUUCUACUCAUCUUCGGUGCAGUCAGGGUUUACUGCUAAAGUUGAGCGGCGAAUUCUUGCCUCCGCCUCCAGGAACGAGGGAAGCUCGGAGCCGGAGGCUGCUCAGUCCGAUGAUGCUAAUCAGGCGAGGGGACAGAGCACGUUUCCGGAGAGGUUUCGUUACCUCACAAAGGAAGCGCCCGAUCGCCCAGUCAGGUGGCCAUGGGCUAUUGCACUGGUUUUUCUUGUUUAUGCUUGGCGAACUGCAUUGUGGGAACUUUCAAAUUGGGCAAAGACUGUGUUAGCUGUUAUGAAAUUUCUCGGUUACUUGGGCAAACUGCUCCUUGCUGUUGUAUUCCACUACAUUGGUGGUCCUGUUACAGAAAUUAUAAGAUGCCUGGAGUUCUGCCUCUAUUCGGCAAAGUAUGCAUAUGGCAAUGUUGUGGCAUUUGCUCCCGUGCCAGAACUGAUGAGGAUAAUCUUGUUUGCUACACUGAUAGUAGCCGUUGCUGAAGCCGCAGUUCCAGAUUCGGUAAACAGCCAGAUGCCCCUACUUACACUUGCAGCAUUUACCGGGUUUGGGGCCGUGAGAAGCUUUAUUCCAGAGCCACUCUUCUGGAUGUGCCUCUGUGGACUCUUUUGCUACUCGAGGUUUAUUACAAAAAAGGAUGAUGUAUCAGCAUUAUUGCCAUCUGCUGCUGUACUCGCCGCUGUCGGGGAGCCAUGGGUCAGAUUUCUUGUGAUAGGUUUUUACUUGGCCCUCGCGAUCAUCCAGCAUUCAAAGGCAUCGAAGGAACCUUCAAGUGAGGAAGUUCCUGAAACCAGUAGAAGACUUCCAAUCCCACUCUUACUCGCUGCUUUAUCUGUUGGAGUUCAUCUUGCUGCCAAAUGGGUUCGAUAUCGUCACCUGACAUGGAUCAUCGCUUGAUUGUUUCUUAUUCGAAAUUGAUUUUGAAGAUCCUGUCAAAUUGCAAUCAUCUCGGAAGUAAGUUGUGUUGUGUAAUGUCUAUUUUUCUGGUAUUCAUUGAUCAGAAGUUUGCAUUUCACAAGCCCUGUUUCAAUCGGCUAUAUGCUACAAACCUAUCUCUGUUCCUAUAUUCCAUGUUUUACUGAA